AUGGCUGGAGACUCCGAUAAUGUGUCGCUUCCCAAGGCGACUGUGCAAAAGAUGAUAUCUGAAAUACUGGACCAGGACUUGAUGUUCACCAAGGACGCAAGAGAAAUAAUCAUCAACUCCGGUAUAGAAUUCAUAAUGAUUCUGUCCUCAAUGGCUUCCGAAAUGGCGGACAACGAGGCUAAGAAAACCAUAGCACCCGAGCACGUGAUCAAAGCACUAGAAGAGUUGGAGUAUAACGAGUUUAUACCAUUUUUAGAGGAGAUAUUAUUGAAUUUCAAGGGCUCCCAAAAAGUCAAAGAAACUAGGGAUUCUAAGUUCAAGAAGUCAGGUCUCUCGGAAGAAGAACUGCUACGACAACAAGAGGAGUUAUUUAGACAGUCAAGGUCUAGAUUGCACCACAAUAGUGUAUCGGAUCCGGUUAAAUCGGAGGAUUCUUCUUGA